AUGGUAAAUGUUAGAGAUCCAAACAUUACCUUCCAAAACAUUCUCCAUGCAUAUAAAGAUCCUUUCCAAAAUAAGGAUCUCAGCCACGCUAUUCAUCUUGGUUUUUAUGGGGCAAAAAAGGAUUUGUUAUUCCAAACUGGUGUGCAGGUUUUGCGUGAUAAACAAGAUAUUGCAGAGGCUCAGCCACAACUUGCCAAGUUACAUGCUUCCAAGAGUGAACAGUCGCCUGAAAAAGCUAGCACCGGACAACCAGACUGUCGGCAACAAGUAGCUUCACCGCCACAGCCUGUCCAGCAACCACUUCAAGCCCUAGCUGCUCCACCUCAACCAUCUCCACAUCCUUCUUCCCUUGUUCCUCAUGCUCCUCCACCUCCACAACAACAAAAUCCAUCUCCUGUUGUUCUUUAUCCUUCUCAAUUGCCUCAGCCCCAGAUGCCCGCUAUACAGUCUCUAGCUCAAGAGCCCUGCUUGCCCGCACCAGUUCAGUCAAUAGAGAGUACACAUCAACAGUACCAGAUGCCUGUGGAGCAACCACAGCCACCACCACCACCACAACAGUACCAACCAGCACCUCAGCUACAGCAGCCGAACUCGCAACCAAUCCAGACACCCCAAGCUCCAAAUCCUCCACUGCUUCAAGCUCCAUUGACUCAUCCCUUGGAGGAGUCAUCACCAUAUAUGCCACCAUCUCAAAGCUAGCCUCAUGGCAUCCGCCAACCUGCCCCUCUGGCUCAGCCACCGACCAGGCCCCCUCCUACUCAACAACUUUAUGGGCCGAAUGCUAGCAUGUAUGAACCCCCAGCAAGCAGGCCGAGCCCGAUCCGUAUACCCUAUUCUGCCGGCUGUGGUGUGGCUAAGUGGUCCUGGUUUCUCUUAACCAUAUUCUUACAGUGGAUCACCAUCCCACUAUAGUAGCACUACAACGAAGCCAUCUCCCUUUUCAUCUUGAGGAAGCAACUACCAGCGCCUCCCAACUGCUAAAGUAUUUUACCUCAAGCACUGCCAGCUGAAUCAAGUUCUGGUGGGAGCCCUGGGAAUAGAAUGCCAAUUGAUGAUGUUGCUGACAAGGUUGCGACAGUGGGGUUCUCCAGAGAUCAGGUUAGAGCAACCGUGCGGCGACUUACAGAGAAUGGACAGUCAGUGAAUCUAAAUGUUGUGCUUGAUAAGCUUAUGAAUGAUGGUGAGAUCCAGCCACAGAACGGUUGGUUCGGGCGGUGACCGUGUGAUUAUUUAUGUUAUUUCUUUGUAAAUAAUAACUAUCAUACUGUAACAACCCAGGAUCUCAUCCAAAAUGGCUAGCCGGAAGGUAUUAUUUGGGUUC